AUGUCUUUUCGCCUCUCUAGAAUACAGUCCUACCCUAUUGAAGGAGGGGAGGAUCAUGGGCUGAGUGUAGCGGAUGCUCACGAAGAAGUUGAGGAAGAAGGGCCAGAACUCAAAGAAAGUCGAUGGCAGCAACUUCUUACAUUGCUAACCAGUUCCCCGUACGACAUUUUCUUGUCGAUAAACGAAUCUAUUGAAAGUAUCGAUUGGGACUCAAAGGCCACUACAAUUGCCAAGCCCGCAGGAGACUGUUUGACACUGGCGUUGUAUGUUACGCGGCUUCUGCAAGACAACCUGAUCAAACCCAAUAACCAUAAUAUUGGUAAGAAACACGAUUCUUUCGACCUUUCCCGGUCACAAGUUUUGCAAGAUUUCGAAUUCUGGUCGCAAAUUCCCAAAGGAGGUAUAUCUGCCACGCGCAUGAAUUGGUACUGGGAGUCUUUGAGGUUUUUGAAAGUCUUUCUGCAAAUCUCGGUGGGUAUAUUACUUGUCGUCAAUUUGCUGGUCGCGUACAAAUUUUUAUCAGGAAAGUAUCAGAUCUACUCACUAUUUUAUUGCCAUUCUAGGCCGCGUUCCAAUAAUGUGACUAAGCGUUCAUUCGGUGACCUAAGUCUUCGGUUUGCCGAUGACAUCUCUAAAGGCUCCAUUUGGGAAAUGGCCAAGUAUCUCUUCUCGCGAAAACAAAUUCGGACUGAAAAAACAUCGGGUCAAUCUUAUUAUCAACUCAAAAAGUGGACACCCGGCAAAUUUUAUGCUGCUUUGUUCAGCCGCUUUUCUCCCGUUUGUUUUGUAUUCCUUCUUACGAUGGAUGUUUCAUUCAAGACAGCUCUACCAUUGGUUCUCAACCAGUACCUAUCAUACCUUGUUGUUUUUGGACGCUAUGAGGAUAGGUUGGAUGAUGAAGCUUGCUUGGCAGCCGCUAACCUCGCAGAGAUUAAUGAAAAGAUUAUAAAACCCAAAACUGCAGUCAAAACGCAAGACGCAAUGGUUGACGCCACACAGUAUGGAGGUAGAUCUGCUUUGUUUUUUCCCUCCUUUACUACUACCCGGUCUCAUUUAUUUCAGACGCAUACAGUCACUGGGGACACGGUGACCGAAAGAUUCAACCCAGCAAAUCAGACUUUCGAAGAUGUUGUGUACUCGAAUGAAACCAACAAUUAUGUGAAUCAUGAUCCACAAUAUAUGGCUAAUGAAACACCGAGGCAAAAGGCGAUUAAUGGUGCUUCUGUUCGUCCAUUUUUCUGGAGUCGACAACCAAGUCCAACCAAAAUUGCCACACCUCCUAAGUUUAUGCAUAACGGCGCAUCUCCUACCUCCGCCCCAUUAACACCUAAUUUGAGGCCCUCAUAUGGUGAAAAAAACGAUACAUCCGCGAGAAAUGCUUCAGGUAUAGUUAACAGAACCAGUUCGAUAAACCGAGAUUACAACGUGUCCAGGCUAGAUAAUUUUUCUAGACUAAGGCGAAACUCUGCGAGUCCGAUCAAAAGUGUCGGGUAUUUAGGUGUUCCCGGUACACGAAGCAUCCACAGGCCCAUAAUAGGGGGCGAUAGUUCAAUUUCAUUCAGCAUGGACGGCCCGAAUACAGAUAUACCUUUUGAAGAGGUUUUUCAACGCGGGCGUCGAUCUUACCUUCCACGAGAUGGUCCACCAAGCCGGUCUUCGGCCAUUUCUUCCCGUAAUAGUAGUAUAAGUCCUUCUAAGGGCAACAACCAAUCGUUUAGAAGAGAUUCAAUUGACUCCAGGCCCCCCUUUAGAUAA